UCACUUGAGAUGAGGAGGGGACUGGUGUGCAGGCUAUAGGCAGACUUUUCACUGUGAACCGCUCUGUAUAUCUGAAUUUUGAACCACGUCCAAAUUAAUUCAAUCCAAGAAAAGUUUAUGGAGCAUCUACUAGGUAUCAAGAACGUCUCUAGAAAACUGGGGGUUCAGAGGUGAACAAAACUGACACAGCCCAUCCUCUCUAACAGCUCGCGUUCCAGAGGAGGUAGAGUGCUAGAGGGCUGAGGAAGAGAAUGUGGUAAGGUGUGAAUUAAACAGUGUGGUCCCGGCAGGCUUCAUUGAGAAGUGACAUUUGAAACAGGACUUGAAGGAGGUGGGAAGUGGGCCAUGCAUGUAUCUGGGAGAAGAAAGGUCCAAGUAAAGGGAACAACCGGUUCAAAGGUAGGCUCUUUCUGACAUGUUGCAGAGCAGCAAGGAAGUCGAUGUGGCAAGAGGGGAGUCACCAGUUGAGAGUGAUAAAUCAGAGUAGAGAGGCGGGUGCAGGAGAUGGGGAAGAAGAAUGGGUAAAGCUUUUAGACAACAGUAAAGACUUCGACUUUUACUCUGAGAGAGGUGAGAGCCACUGGAGGGUUUGAGCAGAGGAAGGCCAUGACAGGAACAGAAUUGUCCUCACAGCUACAUGGAGAAGAUAGGGCAGAAGAGCGGAGCAGAAGGGCAGAGACUGUUACACACUGGAGAUGGUGCAGUGGAGGAGGUGAGAAUGAGUACAUGUUGAAGCCUGCGGGUAGGGCGUUUGCAGUUUUUUCCUCUUGGGAGUCAGAGGACUUCCUGGUUUUGACCUGAGCAUCUGGAGGGAUGGAGUUGCUGUUAAACGGGGUGGGAUGGGGAAAGCUGUGGGAGGAGCAUGUGGUGGGGCAGAUUAGAAGUAUAGCUGUGGACACAGUGAGUGUGUGACCCCCCUUACAACACGCCUGUGAAGAUGCAACCCGGGAGUUGGAUGUGGGAGCCAGGCAUCUUAGGGGGACCUGAGCUGCGGUUGUGUACUGUGGUGUCAGCAGGGAGAGGGUCAUUCAGGCUGGGAAAGUGUAAGAGAUUACAAGGAAGUGGGUACAGACAGAGGUCCAAGGACUGAGCCAGGGCAGGGAGGGGAGACCGAGGUAGCAGGUCGUGGCGCUGGCUGGAAGAGCCUGGGAGGGGCUAAGAAGGUGUCAGGAAGGAGGAAGCAUUAUUUGGCUAGGGAGUUUUUGAAAGUUUUUCUUUUUUUUACUUCCCUCCCUUCCUGCUAGACCUCCAUGACUGUUUACUAUACAUUUACAAUGCAUACCAGUUUCAAUGGUUCUGUUGACUCUAGAUGGUAUGCAUAACUGGCUCAAUGGCUUUAAAGUUUUUACAUUAUCUGAAGAUCCCCUCCUAUCCCUGAAACAAACCAGCCUCUGGGAAGCGCCUUUUUCAGGAAUUGCCUGACCAACGUCUCCUUUCCUUUGUUCGGCCUCUACUUACAUGCCUAUAAAACCUUUUGUCUCUAUUAAGAGCGGGAAGGCAGUUUUGUGACAAGGAGUCCCCUGUCUUCCCUUAAUGUUGCGAUUUUGUAAUAAACCUGUGUUUCUUUCCAAUCUCGCCUCUCCAGUUUUGGCUUUCAUGGGACGUGCAGCCGGACCUUUGGCACGGUAACAAGAAAGGGGACUUUGCCUUUGGGUUAGGAUCGCUGAGGUCACUGGUGACUUUAAUAAGAGCGAUUUCUGAGGAGGGUAGGGGUGAAAGCCCGACUCCAGUGACCUCCAGAGGGCAUGAGAGAGGGGGUGGAAGCAAAUAAUACUGGAGCGGGGCUGUGGAGAUGAUUUGAAGAUGAUUUGGAGGGACAAUAGAGGAUUGGGUUUUUUUUUGGGGGGGGGAGAACACCAAGUAAAGUGGGAAAUUUUAUUGUAAAUGUAUUAUUUGUUCAAAAACCAAAAUUAAAUAAAGAAUAAACAGCGGGGGAGGGGACAGCAAGAAAGGUAGCUACAGGGGUGGAUAUGAGGCCACGCUUUGGGGAGGCAAGAGCCAGGUUCCAGAUUCCAAAUUUAGCUCAAGCACAGGGCGGGGACAAGCCUGCACUCCGGUAACCUGACACUGGCUCGGGCGCCAGGCCCUUCCCCGGGCCGUGCUGGGUCAGCCUCGGGCGCCAUCCAGGAGUGGUGCCCAGCUGGGCGUGUGCACCCACCUGUCCCGGCCUGUUUCAUGCAGUUGACUGGGUCAGGCUGGGACGGCCUGGAGGGGCUGAGCGAGGCGGGAGACAGGGAGAGGGCUCCGUGGGACCGAGGAGGCUGCGGACCAAGACCGGGGACUGAGGGGCCCAGAAGCGGGGACGCAGACCCGCACUUAGACCUCCUCGUUGCGCGGCGAGGCCAGCAGGCGCACCCGCCCAGUAGGUUUUCCAGCUGGGCGCGACCCAGCGCCAGUCUCCGCCUGCCGGCGUCAGCGGGGCCCAUCCUCCCAGUGGGCGCCGAGAGGCCCGCCCCGGCCGCGGCGCUCUCUGCAGGGUAUUACCGGGUCCCUGUUAUUCCCCGCGCCGCCCAAUUCGCGUGCGCUGAGGGCGCGCAUGGCGGCAGUGGGGCCGCGGACCGGUCCGGGCGCCGGGGCCGAGGCGCUGGCACUGGCGGCGGAGCUUCAGGGCGAGGCGACGUGCUCUAUCUGCCUGGAGCUCUUCCGUGACCCGGUGUCCGUCGAGUGUGGCCACAGCUUCUGUCGCGCCUGCAUCGCCCGCUGCUGGCAGCGCCCCGGCGCGGGGGCUGCCGCGGCCCCCCGCGCGCCGCUCUGCCCACUGCCCUGCCCGCAGUGCCGCGAGCCCGCGCGCCCCAGCCAGCUGCGGCCCAACCGGCAGCUGGCCGCGGUGGCCGCGCUGUUGCGGCGCUUCAGCCUGCCGGCGGUCGCGCGAGAAGAACGCGAGUCCCCAGAGGCGGUGGCGAUCGGGUGCGCGCAGCAUGGCGAACCGCUCAAGCUCUACUGCCAGGACGACGGACGCGCCAUUUGCGUGGUGUGCGACCGCGCCCGCGAGCAUCGUGCGCACGCCGUGUUGCCGCUCGAGGAGGCCGUGCAGGAGGCUAAGGAACUCCUGGAGUCCAGGCUGAAGGUCUUGAAGAAGGAUCUGGAGGACUAUGAGAUGUUUCGUUCCACCGAAGAGAAGGAGAGCAAGGAGCUCCUGAAGCAGAUGGCAGCUGAGCGAGAGAACGUGGGGGCAGAAUUCCAGGCGCUGCGGGCCUUUCUGGUUGAGCAGGAGGGCCGGCUUCUGGGCCGCCUGGAGGAGCUGUCCCGGGAGGUGACACAGAAGCAGAAUGAGAACCUGGCCCAGCUUGGGGGCGAGAUCACCCAGCUCUCUAAGCUUAGCAGCCAGAUCAAGGAGACAGCUUGCAAGCCUGACCUUGACUUUCUUCAGGAAUUCAAAAACACACUAAGCAGGUGCAGCAAUGUGCCUGCCCCCAAGCCAAGCACAGUUUCUUCUGAGAUGAAGAAUAAAGUCUGGAAUGUUUCCCUCAAGACCUUUGUCUUAAAGGGGCUGCUCAAGAAGUUCAAAGAGGAUCUUUGCGGAGAGCUGGAGAAAGAGGAGAAAGUGGAGCUGACCUUGGACCCCGACACGGCCAACCCUCGCCUCAUUCUCUCUCUGGAUCUUAAAAGCGUGCGCCUGGGACAACGGGCCCAGGACCUGCCCAGCCACCCGCAUCGCUUCGACACCAACACGCGCGUCCUGGCGUCUUGUGGCUUCUCCUCAGGGCGGCACCACUGGGAGGUGGAAGUGGGCUCCCAGGAUGGCUGGGCCUUUGGUGUGGCCCGUGAGAGUGUGCGCCGUAAGGGGCUCACACCCUUCACCCCCGAGGAGGGUGUUUGGGCGCUGCAGCUCAACAGCGGACAGUACUGGGCUGUGACCAGCCCUGAGCGGACACUCCUCAGCUGUGGACACCUGUCCCGCGUGCGGGUGGCGCUGGACCUGGAGGUGGGGGCCGUGUCCUUCUAUGCCGUGGAGGACAUGCGCCAUCUUUACACCUUCCGCGUCAACUUCCACGAGCGCGUGUUCCCCCUUUUCUCUGUCUGCUCCACUGGCACCUACUUGCGAAUCUGGCCUUGAGGGAGCAUUGCCCGGCCUCCCAGAGGGGGUGGGUCAGUUAAGGGUGAACUCCUCCUGGCUACCCAUGGAAAGGGAUGUUGUUCUCCUUCGAAGCCUCUUGGUGAUUGAGUCCGCCCUUCACUCUCCUGCUCCAGGCUGCAUUCAAGGGGCUUCUGGAGACCACAGCAUCCGAGGCAUGAAACUGGGUGAUAGGGGAAAGGGGCUCUGUGGUCAGCUGAGCAGAGGAAGAGAUUUUUUGUACCCUCAAGACCUGUCUCCUGCCUGUUGGUCACAUGUGGAUUUGGUCCAGCUGUGAGGAGGUGGAGACAGGUGAAGACAAGUCCAGCUGUUGACAGAGGUGCUUCCUCUCACUUGGGCUCAUUGUCCAGACUCAGCAGGGCCUCUGGCUCCUGGAACAAUACCAAGCCCUGGUCCUGUGCUGUCCUCAGUUGCAAGGAGCCAUGUUCUGGCCGGAACAGCCAAGUUCACGAUCACUUAUGCUUUGCCUUUUUGUCAGCUGCUAGCUCUGCCUUCAGAGACCUGAAUCCAGCUGGCCUGACCAAAUUGUCUACUCAGGGAGGUGCACUGGACUCCCAGCUCCGAGAACAGUCUGGGCCAGAACUGGAAGGAGACCCUUGAUCUGUACAUGAGGGAGAAGCCCAGGACAACAGUAUAUAUAGACAUGGCUGCCCUCCAACCCCUCUUAACUUGAUACAGAGUGAUAUGUUCAUCCUCAGCCUCAAUGUCAGCCAUGUGUGCUCUCACAGAUGUCUAAACCCUUCUCAAGUGCCAAAGUACAGGCUCCUUUGGGUAAGGAGACCAAAGAUCCUGGAAUUUUGAAACACAAGACAGCACUUAUUUUACAGAUGCAACUAACACCAGCAUGGAAAUGCACAGAGCACAAACAUACCCCUGACAGAUUCUGGAAUUUGCUAAACAUACGCCAACAGCAGAGAACCCUGGUGCCAAGGCAGCUCAGCCUGUGCCCUGGUGGCCAUUAUCACCUUGGCUAAUUGUUCCCCUGGCUGGGCUUCUGGGAGGUUGGUGGUGGGCUGGCUGUUCCUUGCUUAGUGCUCCCCAGGGAAGGGAGAUGGAGAUGGAAAUACAGACUGAAUUCAUUUGUAGGGUG